UCGUAAUUUUUUUUUCCAUUUUAAGAAAUAGAUAAAUAUCAAAUUUAUAACGUAAAAAGAAGGAAAAUUUAAGAAGAUAUUCAAAAUGUUGACAAGAACGGGCAGAAAGAUCUUAGAUCACAAUCUAGCGAGUUUAAUUCGCAUGGAUCCAUCAACACCAAGCGUUCUGGAAGAAGUGGUGUUAGAUAUUCACGAAUACCCGCAAAUUGUAGCUCAACAAAUUAUCAGUCAUAGAUACUUCAAUGAAUUGGUGUACGGCAUUCUAAGAAUCAUGGACGCACAUACCCCAAAAAAUCCUAGAGUUGCAGGAAAUGCUGCAUAUAUUCUUGGUGCAUUACUUGAAUGUGACCAAGGACGUGAAAAAACCAUUGAACUUAUUAAAGAUCCGAACAAGGUUGAAGAUACACAGCACUUACUACCGAAUUUAGCAGCACUUAUAGAGAUUUAUGAUCUUGAACCACAAACAAACGCUUCAGGAACAACAGCAUUAAUUUUUGAAAUUGAAGAAUCGCGAGAGUGGGCAUUGGAGCAGCCAUCUUGCGAGUGGCUUAUCUUUAUUUUAGGUCGAUGCCUGAUGGAUACCGAUAUGUGGGUUGCAAGUAACUGCGCAUUGACAUUAGCCAGGAUUUGUAUGUCUGAGGUUGGAAUUCAAAAAGUAUUAAACCACAAAGAUCUGGAACUUAUUCUCGUGCAACUCAUCAUGGCAGUUGGUGUUGAUAACGAAGGUCGUGGUAUGAAUGCCGCAUAUGCCAUGGCGUAUAUAUGCGAAACAGAAGAAGGUAUGAAGAAGAUCGCGUACAUGAAGGAGUGCUUGGAUUUAAUACUCGGUUUAAUAAAUAUGUUACGUUCUGUGGAUGAAGGUUGCAGAAAGAAUUCCGCUUUCUGUCUCAAGACCAUGUCCACGUGGGAAGAUGGCCAGGAUCGUAUAAAUGAUGACCCGGAUAUUGAUCAUCUCCUCAAACUACUGUGCAAUUUACUGACAUGCGGUGAUGAAGAUUUAGGAAAACUGGCUUCUGUAAUUUUAAAGAACUUAACCACUAAGAAGGAGGGUUACAUGUUACAAAAAGACCACGCCCCGACAAAAACAACGCUGGAGCACGUUUUGAAACAGAUGAACAUAAGCGAAAACUAUCGCAAAGAUGCUUUCGAAGCUUUGAAAGAACUGAUGCUUCCCAAGCCAGCUGCUCCUCAAUUGAAAGUGUUGGACGCGUACACUAUCAGCGCAGUGUGGGAUACAGUUGAAUCAAAAAGUGGCGCAGAAGUACAUUAUGAACUUUAUUGUGAUGACAACGUGGUGUACAAGGGUAACCAGACUACCUUCACAACGCGCAGUUUGAAAGAAAGAACGGAUUAUGAAUUUCGUGUUCGUGCUUACACAAACGAUGACGAAGAAAGUUUCAUCAGUGAAGGAAGUAUCAUUCAAACAUUUAGAGCAGUUUCCAGUGUUCCACGAAACCUCCGCGCUGUGUCUGUUACAGCAUCGACCAUCAAGAUUGUGUGGGACAAACCAACCAAAGUGUGCGGCAAUUUAAAAGGGUAUUACGUCCAAGAACAAGGGAGUUCAAUUCAUUACGAACCUGUAUAUCUUUAUCAUAUCGCCAGUAACUUGGAAGCGGACAAAGAAUACACAUUCGAGGUAUGUGCGGUCACACAAAGGGGCCGUGGUCAAACUGCCGAACUUAAUGUACGAACUUUACGAAAUGAUUAUUUCGCGCCCUCAAAACCAAAGGUGAUUACAGUGGGAUCUCAUGAAAUGUGUAUUGUUUGGAAACCACCUGUAGCCCCUCCAGGUAGAAUCAAUGGGUAUGAAGUAAUGUGCAACGGAAAGUCUAUUUAUUUUGGUAUGAACAAAAGAUGUAUUGCUGAUAAACUUCAACCAAAAACAAAAUACAAAUUUACUGUUGUAGCGUGGACUAGUGAAGGUCGAACUGAAAGUCAAUCAACCGUGAAAAAGACCAGUCCGGGAUACAAAUCCAAAUCAAAGAAUCAGCCAUGGAAGACACGCGAAGAAUUAAUGGAAUGGUUAAAUUCGAAGGAUGAUAUUGACUCUGAUCUUGGUGAGGCUUCGGACGACGGUGAAACUACAGCGCGUACUUCACGUGGCAAUGAAGUUGAAUCAACGCAACAACAUGAUGUUGAGGAAAAAAGAGACGACGAUGGACGACCAAAUACAUACGACGUGAAAGAUGAUGAUACAAAUGACGGCGAUGAUGAGGAGGUUGACGAGGAGGAGGGGGAUGCAGAUCCAGAAGAAGAAGAACAAGAAGAAGCAGCCGAAGAAGAAGAAGAAGAAAGAGAGGAUGGGGAGGAUGAAGAAAAAGAGGAAGAAGAAGAAGCAGAAGAAACCGAUGACACUGAAGUGGAUGACAACAAAAGUAAAGCAUACCGUAUGUAGAAAAUCCGCCAAAAA